UCUCCAUAUAUUCCUCACACUCUCUCUUCACCAAGAUUACAUUCCCUUUUAUAAUUUAAUCAAGAAAAGCAAAUCCCACCAAUUUUCAUGGAUCCCUUUUCAUAAAAAUCAAACAGGAAACUAUUAAAAGCAAAAUUUCAUUUUUCAUUUAUUUUAUUUUUCGUUAAUUUUAUUUAUUAAUUUUUAUUUUUUUGGACAUUAAAAAAAAAAAAAUGUCACUGACAAUCAAGCUACAGCAUGUUGUGAACAACACACAUGUCAAUCCCACCACCACCACCGCCACCGCAAUCAAGAAAACCCGCUCCGCCACCAAACUCCACUCCAAACCCAUAUACCACACCAACCCACUAUCCCCACUCGCGCUCACUCGCACCAGAAAAAUGCAAUCUUUACCAAGAAACCCUCCAAUGGUGGUGAAGAGCUCUCUGAUAGAUCCCGACGGCGGGUCGCUGGUGGAUCUCGCCGUGCCGGAGGGGAAGAGGGCGGAGAGAAUUGCGGCGGCGGAGAAAAUGCCGAAGGUGAAACUGACGAGGAUCGAUCUCGAGUGGGUGCACGUGAUUGGGGAGGGGUGGGCCAGCCCGCUGAAGGGGUUCAUGAGGGAAGAUGAGUAUUUGCAGAGCCUGCAUUUCAAUUGCUUGAGGAUGAAGGAUGGCAGUUUCGUGAAUAUGUCGCUGCCGAUUGUUUUGGGCGUUGACGAUGGUGUUAAGGAGGAGAUUGGCGGUUCUGACAGCGUUGCCCUUGUUGGGCCCGGUGGUGAUUUGGUCGCCAUUCUUACCAGCAUCGAAAUAUUCAAGCACAACAAAGAAGAAAGAAUUGCGAGAACAUGGGGGACCACGGCUCCAGGAUUGCCGUACGUCGACGAGGCCAUCGCUCAAGCCGGAAAUUGGCUCGUAGGUGGAGAUUUAGAAGUGAUAAACCCUAUCAAAUACAACGACGGUCUCGAUAACUACAGGCUGUCUCCUAAACAACUUCGUGCGGAGUUCGACAAACGCGAAGCGGACGCGGUGUUUGCUUUCCAGCUGAGGAAUCCGGUGCACAACGGCCACGCUUUGCUCAUGAACGACACUCGUAAGAGACUUUUGGAUAUGGGUUUUAAGAAUCCGAUUCUCUUGCUCCAUCCUUUGGGAGGUUUCACUAAGGCCGACGAUGUGCCGCUCGAUGUUCGCAUGGAACAGCAUAGCAAGGUGCUCGAAGAUGGGAUUCUUGAUCCCGAAACUACAAUUGUGGCUAUUUUCCCUUCACCAAUGCUUUACGCGGGACCCACCGAAGUGCAGUGGCAUGCAAAGGCGCGAUUAAAUGCCGGUGCAAAUUUCUACAUUGUGGGCCGUGAUCCAGCUGGCAUGGCCCACCCGACAGAGAAACGGGACUUGUAUGAUCCGGAUCAUGGUAAGAAGGUUCUAAGCAUGGCACCUGGUCUCGAAAAGCUGAAUAUUCUGCCAUUUAGGGUGGCUGCCUAUGAUACUGUGGCAAAGAAGAUGGCGUUUUUCGAACCUUCUCGUGCGAAAGAUUUCCUCUUCAUAUCUGGAACUAAGAUGAGGACUUACGCAAGAACCGGUGAAAAUCCGCCAGACGGUUUUAUGUGUCCCGGUGGAUGGCAAGUGUUGGUCAAAUACUACGAGAGCUUGCAGGCAGAGGAUUCUCCAACGAAGCAAACUGUGAAUGCGUAAGAUAUGACCAUUUUUUUUUUUAAUGAAGUCGAAUGCAAGUGCAAUUAGGAGAUAUUUUACGAGAAUCAGAAAUUUUGCACGUGGUAAUUUCAGAGUCGAGUUUUUACAUUAGUCGAAACUAAAUUUUGACUAUCUAGUUUCUUAUUCAUUGUUUUGCUUGGCUCUU